GGUUAAGGAUGUAGAGUGCCAGGUGGGGAGCGAGGCAGACAGUUGUAGGAGGGUAGUACCAGGAACACUGGCAGACUAGGCCAGGGUCAGGCUCAAGGUGAACUGGGGCUCCUGACGCCGCAUGAGGCCUUUACCCCGAUUAGCUAGUUUCAUCUGAGUGGCAGGUGAUGGCAGGUCUGUUGCUGUGUUGGCAAGACUCCGAGUGAACGAUGACUGCAGUAAGUGAUGAAGAUGGUGUGCUGGUGCAGAAGAAAGCGACUGUUGAGGAUUCGGAUGACUCUGUGACACUGCCUAUCCCCGAGCUGCUGCCCGCUGCCAGACUUGAUUACACAUUACCUACUAUGAGUUUUUCUGGUGACGAAGAUGAGAGUAGUCAUCAGACAGCACCUAUUAAGGAUCCUGAUAAAAAUCAAGUAAAAACUGUAGGGGAAAGAAACGGAGACAAAUUAGAGGUGUGUGAAGGCUGUUUGCGUCGACGAAGUGAGCAUCGCUUGUCAAGCAGUGAUCGCCGUUCAUUACAUGGCAUAAAAUACCCACCAUUUCUGGAAUAUUCACUGGCUAAUUUGCACCUUUCUCCUGGGAAAAAGAAGCCUUUGCUCAGGAAAAGUAGGUUGGCAGUUUUGGGUGCUAAAUAUAGUUUAGAGGUGCGUAGUAGUAGCCUCACAGGGAUAAUUUUGGAGCUAGUAAGUCCAUUUAAAGAUAUAGGUAAUAAAGAGUCACCCAAGAAAGAAGUUGCUUCAGAAAUUGGUAAAAUCCCUAAGAUAUCUAGUGAUGUUUGUUUGUUAAAUGUUGGAACAUCUGCACCAGGUGUAUUUAAUGUUCCUAAAUCAGGCUUGUUUGAAUCAUUGAAUAAGAAAACAGAGGCAAAAGACUUUGCAAGUGUGUCUCAGGGCAAUAAGAGUUUGAGCAGUGAUAGUAAAUAUAGUGCAAACAAGAAACUAGAGUUUUCUCCUCAUGGGUGUAAACACCGCAGUCAACCCAAGUCACGUAGAGUAUUGUAUAAAAGACGCUGUCGGCGAAGGUUAACAGAGGGAGAACUACCAGACCUUAAAAGUCUCUCGCUCACAGAGACACUGGAAAGUGGCACCGUUCGUUCAUGCUCACAACAAGCUCGCAGUGCAGACUAUGAAGAUGUUACUAUGGAUGAACUUGCAGCAUAUCUUGAUAACUUUCUCUACCUCCCAAAGAAGAUGUCUCACAUGGCAGAAAUGAUGUAUACGUGAAAUAUGCCCAAUUAAUAAGUCAAAAUGAGUGUAUAACUCCAGCUCAUCACCACUUCAUUAGAAACUUCCCACUGGCAGCUGAAUAAUCACAGUUCGUAUACUUUAUGUAAACAGCUUUUCUUUACUAUAUUUUGUAUUGCUUUUAGGUUUAAUAGUUUGCCUGGCAUUUGCCGGUAUAUGGUUUAUUGCAAUUAUAUUUGUUUUGAUAUCUAAGGACUUUCAUUAAUUAUUAAAAUGUUUCAUACUCGGAAUUGGAGAAGGAUCUUGUACUUACAAGAAUAUAUAAUAUCCUGAAAUUUGUUUAAAUUUAUAAUAGAUUGGCUGAGGCUUCCAGAUAGCAUCAUAUGUUUGGAUCUUUCUGCUUUUUUGGACUUUAAUUUGUAUUAAUACAAAGUUAAUUUUACACCUUUUGUAGGGCCUAUACCUGUUGCAACAUAUAAA